AUGUCAAUCGGCUCUCCGGCUACGGGUUCCCUCAGCGGCUUUUCAAAGAACGUAAACCCACCGAUAGCAGAGGCCGACUUUGACAUUCUCCUGCACACGAACGCAUCGACAUCGCUCACACCGGAUACCACCUUCGCCUUGAGGACCUAUGGCCCACAUACGGCCCAAGCUGGACAGAACGUGCAGCUUAUAUCAAGUGGCUGGUCGCUAAAUUUGCCUAGUUUUGAUGUGGCCCGCCAUUUGUAA